AUUCUGCUUAGGGCUGCGGUCGUGUGUGGUCGUGCAACAUGUUUGUCUUCAUAUUCUGCCUCUAUGUAGGCACUACAUUGGGAUUUUACGUUGAUAAAGAAUCUCCUCCACAAUGGAAUCCAGUCUACACAGUGAAAGGCAACCUUAUGAUUCCGUAUGCUGAACUACUGGAACCUUUUUAUGCUUGGUAUGACAGUAAGAAUGGCAAGUCUCGCAUCGACUAUUACGGCGGGAUGGUCAAGACGUAUCAGCUUACUCCUGGAGUCUAUCCGAAGUUUGGAAGUAAUAUAAAGAUAGCACCAGUUACAACGGAGACAGUGCUCAACCAGCAGACGUGUCUGCAAGUGAACGGCUCUGAUGAGCAAAACGUCCAAAUCCAGUCCGUCCUGCCUGACAUGACCGACUUCAAGUAUAUUGGUACAGAAGCAAUGCCAGACUCAGAGACGUACAAAUGGCGCAUGGUACAAACGAUAGGCGAAAAAGUGAACAAAUACACCAUGUGGGUCAAGUACAAGAAGACUCUCAAGGGAGAUUCUGUGCCCAUUCCUGUCAGAUACGAAAUGAAAGGAUUCAACUCUCUCCUUGGCUCUCACUACGACCACUAUUACUUGGACUACAGCGACUAUGACGUCGAUGACAUUGACCCUAUGGUGUUUGAAGUUGACCGUAAUAUGAAAUGUACGUCAUUCCCCGGUCCUGGUUCAGACCACUACGCAACGUUCAAUCCCAUGAAGGAGUUCGUGCAUCCCGUGCACGACGCGCACGUUCAUGACGAGUUCAACCGAUUUAAAAUCAAGCACAAUAAGCAGUACGCGAGUGUAGUGGAACACGCCAAGAGACUCAACAUUUUUAGGCAGAAUCUCCGCUUUAUCCACGCGCACAACCGCGUGCAGCGCUCGUUCUCCCUGGGCGUGAACCACCUGACCGACCGCACCGACGACGAGCUGCGGGCGCUGCGCGGGCGCCGCUACGGCGGGCCCAACACAGGUCUGCCGUUCCCGUACAGUGCGUCUGAGUUGGAAGAGAUGAGUGUGAAGCUGCCACCAGAGUUUGACUGGAGACUUAUUGGCGCUGUCACUCCCGUCAAAGACCAAUCAGUUUGCGGUUCCUGUUGGUCGUUUGGUACAGUCGGCGCCGUGGAAGGCGCUUUAUUCUUGCACAACGGCGGACAUCUUGUGCGCCUCAGUCAACAGGCUCUCAUUGAUUGUUCUUGGGGGUAAGUCGUCA